AUGGCAGAAGAUAUGACAGCAUUGGUUAGACGUCGAGCGACUAUAAAGAGUCAAUUAACGCGUAUUUAUAAUUAUGUUAUCUCGUUAUCGGUGGAUUUAGUAGAUGUUUCAGAAUGUCAGGUUAGAACGCAGAAAGUCAAGGAUUUAUGGAUCGAAUUUGACGUAAUACAGAGCAAAAUCGAGGACAUCGAUACGAGUGAGGCACAAUUAGUAGAAAGAAGCAAUUUUGAGUCAGUAACGGUAGAGCAAGGGCGGCAGCAAGCAGAGGCAAGUAGAGUAGAGAGCAUACAACAGGGCAAGGUAAGGUUACCCGCACUUGAUUUACCCAAAUUUGAUGGGACAUAUUCUCAAUGGUCAUUAUUUAGAGAUACAUUCCAAGCUUUAAUCGAGAAAAACACUACGUUAGAGAAUGUACAAAAGUUUUAUUACUUAAAGUCGUGUUUGCAAGGUAAUGCUGUUCAAGUAUUACAGUCAUUAGAAAUGACAGCAGAUAAUUAUACAAUCGCAUGGGAUCUGUUGAAAUCGCGUUUUGAGAAUAAACGGUUAUUAAUCCAUCAUCAUAUUCAAGCUUUAUUUGACACGAGUCCCUUGGCGAAGGAAUCAUCCGUUCAAUUGAGAAAAUUGAUAGACGAUAUACAAAAGCAUCUUAGAGCUUUAAAAACGUUAGGAGAGCCAGUCGAAAGCUGGGAUAGCUUGAUCAUUCACAUGACCGCUUCAAGAUUAGAUCAUCCUACCCGAAGGAAAUGGGAAUCCAGCCUGCAGGAUGAAAACCUACCGACUUUGAAGGAUCUCAUCCAAUUUUUGUCGAAGCAAUGCGCGGUAUUAGAAGCAUUACAACCAGCGAAAUUAUUGAAUAAAAACACUGCGUCAAUCCCAUCAGCGAAGAAGGGAGAAAGCGCAUCGGCACACGUUAGUCAGAACGCUAAGGGCUGUAUUAUUUGUCAAAGUCAACAUGCGAUUUACAAUUGUCCCACAUUUAAGAGUUUAUCAAUCGAUGAUAGGUUAAAGGAAGUUAAGCGUAAUAACCAAUUAUGUUUUAAUUGUUUGCGAGCGGAUCACAUUGUAAAUCGAUGCAUAGCGGGUGGUUGCAAGCAAUGCGGUAGAAAACACAACACCCUAUUACAUAUCAACGAUGGUAAGCCGAGGGCAGGUAAUGUUCAUAAGAAAGAGCAAUCGGAAACAAUAGAUACGCAAGUUAGUUCAAAAUCUAAUUCCGCGGAGACGGCUGCAACGAAUUCACUCAUUACUUAUUCGGCGGUAUCUGCUCAAGUCAAGCAGAAUUACCACGUAUUGCUUGCAACCGCUCCAGUGAUAAUGUACGAUAAGUAUGGGAAGUCACAUCGAUGCAGAGCCUUCCUAGACGCGGGAUCUCAAAUGAACAUAAUCUCUGAAAGCCUAAGUCAAAGGCUUCAUUUAGCAAAACAGAAGGGUAAUACUGUUUUAUCCGGGAUUGGGUGUAGCCAGGCCAGUACAUUAGGAUCGACACGAGCCUUUAUACAUUCAACAGUUAAUGAGUUUAAGGUUGAGUUAUCUUUUAUAAUUAUGAAUUGCAUAACCGAGCCUAUGCCAUCGAUAAAGAUAGAUAAGGAUGCAUUGAAGAUACCCGAAAACGUUCAAGUAGCAGAUACAUUCUUCGAUAAACCAAGAGAGGUGGAUAUCUUAUUAGGUAGUAGGAUCUUUUGGGAUCUACUCUGUAUAGGUCAAAUAAAAUUGGGACGAAAUUUACCAAUCUUACAGAAGACGAAACUAGGAUGGAUAAUAGGAGGUAAUGCACCGAUAUCACACAGCAAGGAAGAAUCAAGUAGAAUCAUACUUAAGGCAACUGUUCAGGAUCCCAAAAUAGAGCAACAGUUGAAACGUUUUUGGGAGUUGGAGGAAUGUGUUCCGACAACUUAUUUCACACCAGAGGAAAUACAAUGCGAGAAAGAGUUCGAGGAUACUUAUCAGAGAGAUUCUACAGGGAAAUUUAUUGUCAAACUUUUGUUUCAAGAAGACCCUACUCAAUUAGAAGAAUCUCGAGAAGCAGCUGUCAAACGUUUGCAUGCCGUAUACAAACGUUUAGACUCCAACCCAGAACUGAAGGAACAAUACAGCGCGUGCCUCCGAGAGUAUUUGACGUUAGGCCAUAUGACCAAGAGCAAUGAAGAGAUCGAUCGAACAAGUCACUAUUGCUACUAUUUACCACACCAUGCGAUCAUAAAGGAAGACAGUUCGACUACAACAUUAAGAAUUGUGUUUGACGCUUCGUGUAAAACUUCCUCGGGCAAAUCAUUAAAUGAUAUUCUGAGAGUGGGUCCUACCAUACAACAAGAGUUAUUCGCCAUUCUCAUCCGUUUUAGACAACAUCCUUAUGUGCUAACCGGGGACAUCGAGAAGAUGUUUAGACAAAUUUAUGUACACGAAGAGCAUCGAGAUUUACAGAGAAUUCUAUGGAAGGAAGAUUCAAAUGCACCAAUAGAAGAGUUCACAUUAAACACAGUUACUUUCGGAUUGGCGUCAUCGCCAUUCUUAGCAGUGCGUUGUCUACAUCAAUUGGCUCAUGAUUACCAGGAGAUCGCUCCAGAAAUUAGUCAGAUUAUUCUCAGGGACUUCUAUAUGGAUGAUUUGAUCACGGGCGCCAGCAGCGUGGUCGAAUUACAACACAUUCAGAGUAAGAUUAAGGAGAUCUUAAAGACCGGAGGAUUCAGCAUGCGCAAAUGGAGAUCUAAUGUGUCAGAGAUUGUGGAAACCGAUUCGCGAGAUAAAAUUGGAGAGCAACAAGCAUUAGGAGAAGAGAUCAAGACGUUAGGGCUUUAUUGA